CAAUAUGGGAAACAAUGUUGGCAAACAGAACAUUGCAGUCACAGCACAUGAAACAGCUGACCCUGUGACGUAACACUGAGGUUUUUGGGGCAUUCCUCUCAUUUCCAGUGUGUAGCUGUACCUGACGAAGAGUACAUUAGACUAUCUGAACAUGGCUUUAAAUCGAAAUCAUUCUCAAAACGGAGGAGUUUUGAUAAACAACGGCGAGAGUGUGUUGAGGGAAUGCAAGAAUGUGGAGCUGUCCUUCAGUGAUGUCACCAGCAAGACAGACCUGCUGAGGGGGACCAAGAAAGGGACUGUUUACCUCACUCCAUACAGGUUGGUGUUUGUGUCCAGUAAUGCCAAGGACUGCCUGGGGUCUGUGAUGUUCCCGUACUACCUGAUGAAGGGCUGCAGCAUUGAGCAGCCAGUCUUCGCCGCCAAUUACAUCAGGGGCACAGUGUCUGCUGAAGCUGGGGGAGGCUGGGAAGGCCAGGCUAGCUUCAAGAUGUCUUUUUCCAGUGGGGGGGCCAUCGAGUUAGGUCAGCACCUCUUCAAACUGGCAACAAAUGCAUCUCGUGCCCCUCCUGCUCAAAACGGAGGUGCCUCCUUUGGCUAUCCCUCUCCUGGAGUGAUGAAUGGCUACGGCCCACCACCUGUUCCUCAGAACUACCCGUAUGAAUCCCCACCCCAGCAGAAUGGUUUCUACCAGGCUCCCCCAGGCAACAUGGGCUAUCCCUACCCUAUGGCAGCCGCAGGAAUGUACCCAUCUGCCCCUGCCUACAUGGCCCCACCUCCCCCCUAUCCUGGGCCCCCUCAAAACUGGGCUGCUCUCCCUGCAGGUAAUGCCAAGGCAGCAGAGGCAGCCGGCAGCGCCUAUUUCAACCCCAACAACCCCCACAAUGUCUACAUGCCCAUGGAACAGCCUCCUCCAUAUGCACCUUCUGCCCCUCCUGCUCCUUACCCAGGCUAUCCAGAGAAGAAGAACAACUAAAGCUCAAUAACCAUCAUCCCCUAAUAAAUGCAAUGGCAAAUUAUUAAUCGGAUGAUAAUUAUUAGACUGGAAAGGAAAAUAUAAAGUACAACAUUGACAAAAAGGCAAGAUUAUUUUCUGGCAAUUCACACAAGUAAUUUUGAGGCACAACAAUGUUGGGACAUUUUCAAAUGAUGAAUGUUUCCUUUUAAUCAUGAGUAAAGCUUCAUUUCACCCCCUCCCACUCAGUUUAUUUUGUCAAUUGCCAAGUAAAUGGUUAUUCACGUAACGGAUAAGUAUUCAAUCUUUUCAGUUAUCAUGGUCGGCUCUCUCUCCCUCAGUCUGUUAGAAUGUGGAACUGUCCUGUACAUAGGAAAGGGUUUCUAACUGCCCUGUUGAGGAACAUGUGAUGGGCAGUAUGGGGAAUGUAUAGGCAUUAAAUAUUUACAGCAUUUUUUAAAUCCAGAGGUUUAUUACCAAAAUACAUUUUAUAACAAUUUUCGAUUAAAAUGAUGCUUAUUAACAAAACGACAAUUUCUAUUCCUACUAGUAUUGUAAAGUAUUUUUACAUUCACGUUCACAGUAAGUGUUUCCAUUGUGUUGGUGCGUGGUUUAAGUUUGUUCCAGGGAGCCUUGAAUGAAAGCUGAAGUUCCCAGUGCUCUCAAUGUACACCAUACCUUUCUAGAUUAUUUCUGGCUUUUUAUUAAAGGAAGUACAUGUUGUUUGAAUAUGGCAAUUGGAUGGAGCACUGACAUGUACCUCUACGUAUGUGAGAUUAUUGGUAAUGUGCAAUGUUCCUAGAUCUCACAAAUAACUUGUUGAGCCUAGAGAUGAUAACUGGUCAACAUGAAUAACCCAUGUCCUAGUCGAACCCUGUAUAUUGUAUCGAUGAAUGCAAAGCCCGGCUGAAACCAAAACCCUACUCUCUGUGCAAUUACACAAGUGUGGGGUUACUAGGCCAUGUAUUUAUUUAGCCGCUAGCCUGCUACACAGUGCUUUCUUGCAGUUGUGACGAAUUAACCUGUGAAAACCACUAAUUUAUUCCUGUUUAAACUGGGUUGUAGUGACUAACAAACCAUAUAAUUGCUAUUUUAGUGCAUAGUGAGGACAUGUUGUACUAGUUUUAGGUUAUAGGUUUGGUUGGUUUUAAGUAUCUGCUUAAAUUUAUCAAAUGUCUGAAAUAUCUUGUUUGUAAACCCUAAUUCCUUCUUUUGAGUUCUUCAUAUUGAUUCAAAAUCUAAUAAUAAAUAAAUGUUUAUGUAAAACCUAUCCAAAACAGUGGUGUACCAGUACUUUAAGCAUUCUUUUGUAUAGAACUAAAAAAAGAAAACGUCAGUUUUGCACCAAAAAAUCGUAUUAGUAAUAUCUUGAAUAAAUAUGAUAUGAAACGCUA